AUGGCUGAAGACAAGAUUCACAUCGACAAUGCUGUGGAGCAGGAGGUACCUUAUGGUGACGAAGACAACAACAAGCACCGCAACAUUCUCGAUUUAGCUGCCAGAGCGCACUACGAGCAUAUCGAUUGUACCGAGGAGGAAAGUAAAGCUGUCCUCCGAAAGAUCGAUUGGCGACUCAUGCCAAUGCUGAUCUGGAUUUAUGGUCUCCAAUACGCCGAUAAGCAGUCUCUUACUUUUGCAUCUCUGAUGGGUAUCCGAGAGGACAUUCACUUGAACCUUCAAUCGCAAGAAUACUCUUGGGCUGGAUCCAUCUUCUACGCUGGCUACUUGGCCGCUCAGAUUCCUGCGACCUAUCUAAUGAAACGAUUGCCCAUCGGUAAAUUCAUUUCCGUCAACAUCAUUUGUUGGUCCAUCAUUUUGGCCUGUCACGCUUUGGUUCACAAUUACACUGGUAUCUUGAUCUGUCGAUUCUUAUUGGGUUUCUUUGAAGCCACCAUCACACCCGCAUUCGUCUUGAUCAUCUCUAUGUGGUACAGACGUACCGAGCAAGCUGGUAGAAUGGCUUUAUUCUUAGCUGCCAAUGGUAUGGCCACCAUCAUCGUCUCACCUGUUGCCUAUGGUCUCUCCGGCCUUGUGAGCCCUGCUAUUGCUUCUUGGAAAGUUCUCUAUAUCCUCUUUGGUCUCCUCACUUUCUUUACCGGAGCGUUUUACUUUUACGCGUUACCUGACUCCCAAAUUUCAGUCGGAUGGUUAUCCGAAAGAGAAAAAGCCAUCGCCGUAGACAGGAUCAAGGAGAACGCUCAAGGUAUCGGUAACUACGUCUGGCAAUGGUACCAAGUCCGAGAAGCUUUCCAAGACCCAAGGACAUACCUUUACUUCUCUUUCUCCAUGUUCAUGAACAUCCCCAACGGUGGUAUCGGUACUUUCGGUUCUUUGAUCAUCAACUCAUUCGGUUACAGUAAACGAAUUUCACUCUUGUUCAACUUGCCUCUGGGUGCGAUCGAUAUGUUCUGUAAACUCAUCAUCAUGAACUUGUCCGAUCGAUUCAGAGAUCGAACCGGGUUUGGUAUGCUGGCUAUGUGUCUCCCAUUCGUCGGUGGUCUCAUCAUGCUCUUGGCCCCUCAAAACAAUAAAGGUGUACUUCUCUUCGGAUACUCCCUCAUUGGUGCUGCUGGAACAGGUUGGGGUCUUCUCAUGACCUCAUUGAGUGUCAACACUGUCGGUUAUACCAAGAAGGCCACCGCUGGUGCAGUGCAAAUCAUUGCUUAUGGUAUUGGUAAUUGGAUCGGUCCUCAAACCUUCCAAGCAAAGACGGCCCCUCAAUACAGGACCGGUAAAAUGAUCUUGGCCAUCUUCUAUGGUCUUGCAAUUGCCAACUUGUUCGCCUUGAGAAUCGUUAACAUGAUCGCCAACAAGCGAAGAGACAAGAAAGCUAGAGAAGAUCCAGCCAGUAUGGUUCAACCUGAUGAUGCGGCAGCGAGGGAUUUGACCGAUAAAGAACAACCUGCGUUCAGAUAUAUGUUGUAA